ACACUUAAUUCGUGUUACGGGUACGGUUUAUAAUAACAUUUCAGUCAAUCUGAUCACAUAUGCAGUAUGUACCCGUAACAGUAUGGACAAGAUAUUUUAUCGUUACACGACUUUGAUGGCCAUUUUACUAUCUGAUGGUACGGGCGUCAUCAAAAUGUCGACUGUUUGCAAUGAGUUUUAACGACUGUGGGUUGGAAGGGACCAGGCAUAGUCACACGGAUACUUUACUCGUUACUUUUUAACAUUUUUAAUUCUAAGUUUGACAAUCUGACGUGAAACCUCUUCCAAGUUGAUCAUUUGGCGUCAUGGAGUCACCUGAUUUUUUCAUCAAUUUAGAAUCCAAACAGAGUUUUACAGAAAAGUGUUUGAUUGAACCUGAACAAAGGAAGACAAAGAAAAAAGGGAAACUAAAAAAUAUUAAGAAAACAUCCUCCAAAGUUGGUGUAGCGGGGUACAAGGAGAGUAAAGGAAAAGGGUCGCCCGAAAACCGUCCACAGUCUGGAAAUGGAAAGAAGAAAGUGCAUAAAAAGCCCCUUCUUUACUGUAGAUUCAUAUCCAACUAUCCGUGGUGCGCAUUCUUCUUGGCUUCGUCCUUCCAUCUGACCGUCAUAAUUGCGACCGUGAGUCUCGUGUUCACUGGCUACGACCUGUUCCCGAUCGAGUUCAAGACGAUGCCAUUGAUCCUGUAUGAAGACAACACACGCACGCAAGAUUUGGGAUGGAGGAGCAAGGACGAAUACUCAGGAAAAUUGUGGAGAUCCCUGAUUGGAGCCACACAGCCAUCCUACUACAACGGCUUCGUCGGUGACAUAGUCGAGGUCUUCUUAGAAGUGCCCAACUAUGACAUCUUCAGUCGCGAAAAUCUUGAGCUCAUUCGCGAGGCCGAAGAGAGGAUGUUCAACAUCAGAUUCUACCAAGUUUUCUUCUGCUAUGUCGGCAGUGGCUCCGAGUGCCAUAAACCUUCGUCUAUUCUCAGAUUGUUUGACGGCACGUUUAACGAUUCCAGUGCCACAUUCUAUGACCCGACAUUCAGUAACAUACACGGUGUUCUGUGUGAGGCGACUUCCCAAAACGCCACGAAGGACUAUGUCAAAUAUUUCAUCGAACAAGGACUUGAUCUCUGUGACGGUGUAUUGAGAUCCUCCAAAACCAGAUUCUUCUACAAAUUAGGAUGGCCACUGCGGGGUAGUAAUGAUAAAGACAGAAUAGAGACGUUCUCAGUUUCCUCAGUAAAACCAGAGCUAGAAAAUAUCCGAGAUCAUUUAAUGUCAGGCAAAAUGUCUCUUUAUUACAUCAGCACUCUGUUGUUUGACCACGACGUUGUUAUUCAGGCUCUGAAGGAUAUGCUUCUCGCUGUUGGAAGUUUCCUAUUUAUAUUCAUCUUUAUGUGGAUACAGACAGCAUCAUUUUGGAUAACGUUUCUGGGUAUAUUCAGUAUACUUACGAGCUUCCUGUUAACGAACCUCAUAUAUAGAUGUGUCUUGGGUUAUGAAUACUUCGGGUUUUUCCAUGUAAUUUCCAUGUUUAUAAUCUUGGGUAUUGGAGCGGACGAUGUCUUCAUAUUUUACGAUACGUGGCGACUGACUGGUCACACAAUAUACCCCAGUAAGGCACACAGGUUGUCCGAUUGUUAUAGGAAGGCAGCAAAAACGACUUUUGUCACAUCUCUCACAACGAUGACCGCGUUUCUCGUGAGCGGUCUUUCACCUUUGCUUCCAGUUUGCACGUUUGGAAUAUUUUCAGGAAUUUUAGUGUUUGUAAAUUAUCUUUGUGACCUCCUCUACUUUCCAACUGUAAUCAUGCUUUAUUCACAAAAGGUAAAACCUUUAUUCGACAAAGUGUGUGGACCGUGUGUAAAGACAUGCAAGAGGAAAAAAUCAAAUAAAAACGUGACCAACGAAGCGCAUAAUCUAGAUCAUAAUAAAACCUCAAGUGAUAUGGGCAAUGGACAUUUGCCGUCAAAGUCUUCUCCUAAGCGCCCAACAUCUAGUAAUUCAUCGUGCUUUGAUAUUCAAAAUACAACCAUGACACCAAGGACGAAGACACAUUUUGAGGACCGUAACCGAAUUGUGUUAUUUCUGAAAAAUGGAUUCUAUGAUUUUAUGACACGCCGUGCUGUGAGAGUGAUAGUACCUUUGCUGUUCCUAGCCGCCUCAAGUUUCUUCAUCUGGAGUGCUUCAAAACUAGAACCAGAUUCACAACAGCUGCAGAUCUACCGGUCGUCUCACAACUACGGAAAGGCGUCUCGCAUGCACUACUACGGAUUUGAGAGGAGUUUCCAGGAGGAGUACGCUAGCGUAUACCUCACAUGGGGUGUUAAGAGGAAGGACCUUAGUUCAUGUAACUUCAAGUCCGCAACUUUCUGUGACGGCGAAGCUGGAUGGGACGAUACAUUCAACCCCAACACGCCCGAGGCGCAGGAGGCCCUUAAGAACCUUUGUAAUCGACUAGAGACAAUGAGUGCCGAGGAGGCAGAUUCACUGAAAAUCAAAAGAAACGCCAUCACGGAAAAGUUGGAAAUAUCCUGCUUCACAACUGCGUAUGAAUCCUACGUGGAGAACAAAAUCAGUAGCAGUGGGGCGGUCCUUCCUACAGGAUUGAGUAUGAACAUUCCUGUCAAUGCUGGGAACGCUUCGAUCUUCAUGGAUGCCCAGCCAUCUAUAUACUACUCCAGCUCCACCUUGCCCGCUGAUUUUGACGGCUAUAUGGGGAUUGGAGUAUCCUAUUGGUUAUCAGACAGUUAUACUGGAAACCCUUCAGACGACUAUUACCUAUACAACAACUUACUAGGGGAGCAGAACAUAGAUGGUACCACUCAGAGGACAAGGAACUCAGCCAACAUGUACUAUGCCUCUAAGUUGAAGUACGUCGGUAUUCGUAUCAAUACCACGAUGAAUACUUACAAGCUUGGUUAUCCUGAGGGGAAGCCUGUUUAUCAGAGGUGGGAGAGUCUUAUGUCAGAAGAGCUGCGGAAAAUGCCAGACACGAUGAAGAAUGGGUUCCAAUGUUCCACAAACACGUGGAACUGGAUCAAGGUUCAGGAGUCGUUGGCGGACUCAGCUGUACAGGGGGUCAUCGUCGGCCUCUGCCUUGCCCUGCCCAUCCUCAUCCUCACAACUCUGAACGUUGUCAUCGGCUUCCUCGCCACGGUUACCAUCGGACUCGUCACUUCCUGUGUUAUCGGGAUUAUCCCUCUGGCCGGUUGGAAACUUGGGGUGUUGGAAUCGCUGAACAUGUGCAUGGUGGUUGGUCUGUCCGUGGAUUACGUGGUACACCUGGCUGAAGCUUACGCAACAUGCCCUUCUCCUCACCGGAUGGAUCGUGUUCGCACCAUGCUGGAGAGCAUGGGUCUGUCUGUCCUAUCUGGGGCAAUUACAACCUUUGGGGCCGCCUCUUUCAUGUUGUUUUCACAAAUCCAGUUCCAGUAUCAAUUCGGAAUAUUUGUGAUGAGUACAAUCUCAAUUUCACUCCUCUUUUCGUUCUUUGCUUUUACAACUUUCAUGUCGAUAUUUGGACCCCAGGGUGACACUGGAAGUCUGAUUGCAUUCGGAAAAUGGAUAAAAUCGAAGUGCUGCAGCAAGAAUGAAGAAAUUUCUUCCACGCCUUCGCCAACAUUUGGAGACCAAAGAGCCACUACCUUUAUCGGAAUAGACCCUGCGCCAGCUGCGGCUCCAAUAGAUAUGUCAUUUCUACGAGGACAAUCCAGAGGCAACUCUUCCCAUUGUUCAGAACGCCUCAGACUCUAACCUCACGAGUUAAAUGAUGUGGAACCAAUUAAGGGAUAGCUCGUGUUUUUUUUUGUUUUUUUUUGUUUUUAUUUUAUUUUUUAAAUAUUUUAAAUAUAUUACUGGAUUAGUGUUAGAAUCUGUUGACGAAAUACUCGAAUGGCGUGAGCUGUGUCUUUUGAUAAAAUUAAAUUCUGGGUCAUCUUAAGUUGUCAAAUAUUGUGAUCGAACCUCCAUUAUUAUAUAGCCUGAUUGUAUAACUGUAGAUUAUCAACGGAAGUAUGAACAUUUUAUUUAUUCCUAUUUUACUACUUGUAACAAUGCCUUCUUAUAAUCACGCUUUUUAAAGAAAAAAAUCGCCAUUGAAUUCUAAUAAUAUACAUACCUAUCUCUUGUUUGUAUUGUCUUUAUAUUAGGAAUGGGUGUUGUGAACUCCUUGUACUAGUCUUCUAGAUAUAUUUCUUACUUGUAAUUCUAUUUUAGUCGGUGGAGUGAUGUGUGUGGGUAGAUAGGCCAUGGGUAGGUGUCAGACGAUUAUGUGAUAUCAGGGUUACUCGUGGGUAUGGGGGUCAGACGAUUAUGUGAUAUUAGGGUUACUUGUGGGUGUGGGGGUCAGACGAUUAUGUGAUAUCAGGGUUACUUGUGGGUGUGGGGGUCAGACGAGUAUGUGAUAUUAGGGUUACUCGUGGGUGUUGGGGUCAGACGAGUAUGUGAUAUCAGGGUUACUCGUGGGUAUGGGGGUCAGACGAGUAUGUGAUAUUAGGGUUACUCGUGGGUGUGGGGGUGAGACGAUUAUGUGAUAUCAGGGUUACUUGUGGGUGUGGGGGUCAGACGAUUAUGUGAUAUCAGGGUUACUCGUGGGUGUUGGGGUCAGACGAUUUAAUAUGUGAUAUCAGGGUUACUUGUGGGUAUGGGGGUCAGACGAUUAUGUGAUAUCAGGGUUACUUGUGGGUGUGGGGGUCAGACGAUUAUGUGAUAUUAGGGUUACUCGUGGGUGUUGGGGUCAGACGAUUAUGUGAUAUCAGGGUUACUCGUGGGUGUGGGGGUCAGACCAUUAUGUGAUAUUAGGGUUACUCGUGGGUGUGUGGGUCAGACGAUUAUGUGAUAUCAGGGUUACUCGUGGGUGUGGGGAUCAGACGAUUAUGUGAUAUCAGGGUUACUUGUGGGUGGAGUUGGGAGAUGCCUGUGUAAGAUGAACAAUGAUUAUUUUACCUUUACUUCAAAUCAUAAUGUUCUGGUCUUUUUUUUUUAACAUGAACGCAUUUUACAUUUAAUGUAGAAUUUUACCAUUUACUCCGCAUACGGAUGUCUUAUCACUGUGGCUAUCAAUACCAUGCCAUAUUUGUUAACUGUUACAGAGAAUCCUACUCCGGAUCAAUAUUUAAAUUGACCAUUUUAAAUAACGCAUUUCGAUUUUAUAUCAACAUAAUAGUUAGUUUCUUGUUAUCAAUAAUUCGUUCAAUAAACAUUGUUACUCGGAAA